AUGGUGGACGGAAAAAGGAACAAAGUUGUGUAUGCUGAGGCAGGCAAGGAUUUUGUCGAUGCUCUCUUCAGUUUCUUAACAUUGCCUUUAGGAACUAUUGCAAGACUUGCGGCUAAGCAGUCGAAUAUCGGAGCUGUAACAGUUGGAAGCCUGAGUUCACUGCAUCAAAGUGUAGCAGAUCUUGAUGAACAAUAUCUCUGGACGCAUGCCUGCAAGGAAAUGCUACUCAAGCCAAGGAACUCCAUGGAAGUUUAUUCCCAGAAUAUGAAAUUGAACAUUGACGAUACUGAACCAAUGAAUUAUUUCCUCUGUCAGAAUCGGUCUUGUUACUGUAGUAGUAUAAGUGGCUUUUUGAGCACUUUUAGGAAUCAAAAUUGCUCUUGUGGAAGAGUAAUGGACAGAGUAGUAAUCCCGGGUUCUGGUUUGAUUCAAGAAAACGGAUAUGUCAAGGAAACGGCUACAUUUAUCAUUUGUGAUGAUCUUUAUGUCAUGCCUAACGUACUUGAUCUUCUCAAGUUGUCAAUUCUCUCAAAUACUCCUUCAACUGAUUUUAUAUUUGGGAAUAAUAAUCAAUUCCUUCAUAGUAACCUAAGACACCAAUCUGAAUUUGUGAUUGGAGAUGUAUCACCCUAUGAAUUUAGACAAAUGUCUGUGAAAGUACUGGUGAGAAGAUCAACAAGAGAGGUUUUGUAUGCUGAAGCUGAGGAAGAUUUUGCGGACUUUCUUUUGAGUUUUCUCACUUUCCCCUUAGGAGGAGUGUUGCAUAUGCUUCAAGGAUUUUCUUCUAUAAGCUGCAUUGAUAAUUUAUACACCAGCAUGACUGCUUUGAGUUCAGAUAGGUAUUUGAUGUCACAGGACCUUAAAAACAAACUAGUGAAGCCUCUUUGUGCCGCACAAUUUGAGCUCAGGAACCAGAUAUUACCAAUAUCUGCAGUUUCCUUACCUUUAUAUUAUUGUCAUACUUACCAAUUGAAUGGUGUGCAUGGGUUAAGGGGGCCUGUCCCCGGCACUCUUACUUCUACACCAAAGUAUAUGAAUGAUUGUAUCACUCAACAAAAUACACAAUUGUCAUUUGUUGAUCCUAAGUUUUGUAUGUCAAAAUCAUCAAAUUCUGGAGAAUAUGCUAGAGGGCCAUCAAUGUUCAUGGUGACAGACGACUUGGCAGUGACUCCAAUGUCUUCUGUAACUGCUCUUUCAUAUCUAAUUAGCUCAAACGUCCCUCUAUCUGACUUAGAGGAAAUGGUCAUCAGAAUUGGUGUAACGGAGGGUCUCAGCAUACUAAAAGCUUCUUUGAUCUCAACAAAUGGUCUCAGCCAGAUUAUAAGAACUAAUCUUGUAGAAUUGUAA